GCCGCUGGGCGUGUGCCCGGCCCCCGGUGCUGCGUGACCGCGCGGGGAGGAGGAGUGUGGGUGCGGGGAAUUUCCUUGUGUAGCGACGGAGGAACAACACCGCUCCAGACGGCGAGGGUGCGAGGAGGGCGCUGCCGCCGCCGGUUGCCGAGCGAUGUGAGGGGGGAGCACCCCCUGGGUCCUCCCCUCCCCCCGGAGCCGCCUGUUUCCCCCCCCCUCCCUCACUCAUCCCCGCCCCGCCAUGCCGGACCAGAUCUCCGUGUCGGAAUUCGUGUCCGAGACCAAUGAGGAUUACAAGUCACCUACCGCCUCCAACUUCACCACCCGGAUGGCCCAGUGCAGGAACACGGUGGCGGCCAUCGAGGAGGCUCUGGAUGUUGACCGAACUGUUCUCUAUAAAAUGAAGAAAUCUGUUAAAGCCAUCAACAUAUCUGGUCUGGCUCAUGUGGAAAAUGAAGAACAGUAUACACAAGCACUGGAGAAAUUCGGAGGCAACUGUGUUUGCAGGGAUGACCCAGAUUUAGGAACAGCGUUUUUAAAAUUUUCUGUGUUUACAAAGGAACUAACUGCACUCUUCAAAAAUUUGAUUCAGAAUAUGAACAACAUAAUCACUUUUCCAUUGGACAGUUUGCUGAAGGGAGACCUGAAAGGAGUGAAAGGGGACCUGAAAAAACCCUUUGAUAAAGCUUGGAAGGACUAUGAAACAAAAGUAACAAAAAUAGAGAAGGAAAAAAAAGAGCAUGCUAAGCUGCAUGGGAUGAUCCGUACAGAAAUAAGUGGAGCUGAAAUUGCUGAAGAGAUGGAGAAAGAAAGAAGAUUCUUCCAAUUACAGAUGUGUGAGUACCUCCUAAAAGUCAAUGAAAUCAAGAUUAAAAAAGGAGUGGAUUUGCUUCAGAACUUGAUCAAGUAUUUUCAUGCUCAGUGCAAUUUCUUUCAGGAUGGGUUAAAAGCAGUUGAAAGUCUUAAGCCUUCAAUUGAGACACUCUCGACAGAUCUUUAUACAAUUAAACAAGCACAAGAUGAGGAAAGAAGACAGUUAACUCAGCUUAGAGAUAUUUUAAAAUCAGCACUCCAGGUUGAUCAGAAAGAGGAUUCUCAGAUCCGUCAGAGUACAGCUUACAGUUUACAUCAGCCUCAGGGAAACAAGGAACAUGGCACUGAACGAAAUGGUAGUCUGUACAAAAAAAGUGAUGGAAUCAGAAAAGUGUGGCAGAAAAGAAAGUGCUCGGUUAAAAAUGGUUUUCUUACCAUUUCCCAUGGUACAGCUAACCGACCUCCAGCAAAGCUCAAUCUGUUAACCUGCCAAGUGAAAACAAACCCAGAGGAGAAAAAAUGUUUUGACCUCAUAUCACACGACAGAACAUACCACUUUCAAGCAGAGGAUGAACAGGAGUGUCAAAUAUGGACAUCUGUGCUACAAAACAGCAAAGAGGAAGCUUUAAAUAAUGCAUUCAAAGGAGAUGAUAACACUGGAGAAAAUAAUAUUGUCCAGGAACUGACAAAAGAAAUUAUAUCUGAAGUCCAGAGGAUGACUGGAAAUGAUGUGUGUUGUGACUGUGGAGCACAAGAUCCUACCUGGCUUUCAACAAAUUUGGGAAUUCUAACUUGCAUUGAAUGCUCAGGAAUCCAUAGAGAACUUGGUGUUCACUAUUCCAGAAUGCAAUCACUUACAUUAGAUGUGCUGGGAACAUCUGAACUUUUGCUUGCAAAAAAUAUUGGGAAUGCUGGGUUUAAUGAGAUUAUGGAAUUCUGUCUGCCAGUAGAUGAGAUGGUCAAACCUAAUCCAAGCAGUGAUAUGAAUGCAAGAAAAGAUUAUAUUACAGCCAAGUAUAUUGAGAGAAAAUAUGCAAGAAAAAAGCAUGCUGACAAUGCAGCUAAAUUACAUGCUCUUUGUGAAGCAGUCAAAUCAAGAGACAUUCUUGGAUUAGUCCAAGUAUAUGCUGACGGUGUGGAUCUCACAGAAAAAAUUCCACUGGCUAAUGGCCACGAACAAGAUGAAACAGCACUUCACCUUGCUGUUAGGUCAGUUGAUCGAACAUCCCUUCAUAUAGUUGACUUUUUGGUGCAGAACAGUGGCAAUCUAGAUAAGCAAACAUGUAAAGGUAGCACAGCCCUGCAUUACUGCUGUCUGACAGACAACGUUGAGUGCCUCAAACUGCUGCUGAGAGGGAAGGCUUCUAUUGAAAUAGCUAAUGAAUCAGGAGAAACGCCACUUGAUAUAGCUAAACGUUUAAAACACACUCACUGUGAAGAGCUGCUUACUCAAGCACUGUCUGGAAGAUUUAAUUCUCAUGUUCAUGUAGAAUAUGAAUGGCGGUUACUCCAUGAAGAUUUGGAUGAAAGUGAUGAUGAUGUGGAUGAAAAGCUUCAGCAACCCAGUCCCAAUCGGAGAGAGGACAGGCCUGUCAGCUUCUAUCAACUUGGGUCAAACCAGCUUCAGCCUAAUGUAGCAUCCUUGGCAAGAGAUGCAGCAAACAUUGCUAAAGAUAAGCAAAGAGGAUUUAUGCCAAGUAUAUUACAGAAUGAAACAUACGGAGCAAUACUCAGUGGCAGCCCACCUUCCACUCAGCCUGCAGUACCUGUUACAAGUAGUGCACCUCCUCUACCUCCAAGGAAUAUUGGCAAAGUACAGCCCUCAGUUCUUGGCAGUGGUAUUCAGACAAUUUCUUCAUCUAAUGCAAUGUGGAAGACAAAUUCUUUAGGAGUGGAAAAUAUAAGCAGGCAGAGGUCUUCAUCAGAUCCACCAGCUAUUCAUCCCCCUGUGCCGCCAUUGCGUGUAACAUCUACAAAUGUGCUUUCUCCAGCACCACCACCUCCAGUGGCAAAGACAGCCAGCAUUAUAGAAGCUUUGAACCAGCAAUCUAAACAGCAACCAGCUCCUCCACAAACUAAGCCAACCCCACCACCACUGCCUCCACAACCUCCUAGUAGAAUCUCUCAAAGAAAGCCUAUUCCUGGGACUGAGAAGUUGUCUGGCUUAACUAACAAAGGGCAGUCCAGAGGACUUGGGUCUCUACAACAAACUGCAGCAGGAGAGUCAUCUUCUAUAAGUGAGAUUCCAGUAACACAGACUGGCUCUACAACAAAUACUUUGGCACAGGUCCAGCCACCAGCACCAAUGCCAAGGAAAUCACAAAUAUCAAAAACUAAACCCAAGAGAGUAAAAGCAAUUUACAACUGUGUAGCUGACAACCCAGAUGAGCUAACUUUUUCAGAGGGAGAUAUUAUUGUAGUCGAUGGUGAAGAAGAUCAGGAGUGGUGGAUCGGCCACAUUGAUGGAGAUCCCAGUCGGAAAGGAGCUUUCCCUGUAUCAUUUGUGCACUUUAUUGUUGACUAAAUUGCUACUGAUAAGUGGAGACAUUUCUCAUUUCCAGCGGUCACAGAAAUAAGUUUUUGCUCUAUUUCAUUUCAUCUACCUAUCCGCAGACAGCACACCUGAGCACUGCCCAAGUCCCAGGUACCGUAGCUUACUUUUUUAUUGCCAUUGUUCUGAUUUGGGAACUUCUAAAACUUUUUUCUACGUUAAAACUUCUCAUGAGCCGUUUACACUUCAAAAAACACAAAAAACUCCUCUUCCUGUAUUUUCAAGGUGAACUGAAAAGCUUUAACAAUCAAAAUCCAUAGAGUGUGUGAACAUCACCGUAGGACUGUUCUUUUCAAUCAAUUUGCUGUAAUUUUACUGUCCUUUUUGUAACCCGACAAUGCCACGGUUUGGUGCUGCUUCCCCGGUCAAAGAAACAGCGUGCAUCUGGCAGGGCAGGGAACUGAUCUGAUGCUCCAUACCGUCUGAAGUGUUGGAAUCAAAACGUGCAAGCUGCUGCGUAGUUCUGAAUUGGACUCCUUCAGCAUCUUGCCGUACUGGCCGUCAUCCAGGACAUCAACACUUAACUGAGGAGAAGAUUUUACUCGGCUGUCUUUGGCCAGGUAAAAGCGAAAAAGUAUUUCAGUUUACCACAGGAGAAACUUCUUUUGUUUGGAAUGGAUGUAGAUAUUUGCUUAAAGUUAUCUGAGAUCUGUGUUAGUUGUUGAACUUCCAAGUUUGUGAGCUUGAGACUGGUUCAUUUUUCUACGCUGCACGCAUGUAGAACCUGUUUUUUGAAUGUUCUUUAUGUACGUUACAUCCAUUUUUGGUCAUUUUAUGUGACUACUGCUGGUUAUCUAAACUAUGGCAAUAUUAAUGAGUUACUACAUUAACUCAAGGAUAUGAGAACUGCACUUCCUGAAAUGUGUGUAACUAUGAUGACGGAUUGCAGAGAGUUUCUUAUACUUGUCUCAUGCUAGCUAGUUUAGUUUUCAAGUUCCUGAAUUCUCUGAAAUCAUCCAGCAACGUGUUCACAGAGAGAACAUAUUUGGUGGAACACAGAUCAUCGUGAUCGUCAGUGAAUAAGGUAUCUGAAACCUCACGAGUACACUACAUUACCUUCUGGUUUAUAAAAGUUAUGUGCCACUACCUUGCGAACGAGGAAGGUUUGCAAACUCACUCUGUAUUUAUAUAAUAUACCCACAUGUAUGGUAGCUACACUGUUGUUAAAUUUGUUUUACUAAUUCGGGAACAAUGGCCAGGCCAGGGGUAGUUCCCAGUCAGUUGAUGGAAUACAAAACACCCCCGUAAAUCUGACGUCACUUUGGUGUUUGUAUAUUGUGAAGUCGUACCAGGUUUUGCUUAUGCUACGGGCAACAACUGGUGGCAUAGGAUAAGAAAAAUCAAUGUCUAGGUCACAUUGGCUUUGAUCACGUUUCGUGACUAUCGUAUCUCUAGAUUUAUCCAGAGAACUUUGAAUUUCUGACAGAUGAUGUUGAAAUCGGCCGUUUCACGUGGAAUGGGGAGGGAAACAGGCGAGCACCCGACAGGCUGCCGCGGGGAAAAAGGGCCCGGGGUCGGUGCCGGGUGGACACCGCCGCUCGCUCUCGCCUUUGGGGCCUCUCCGAAAUGGUACCGUGGGCGGGUGGGCAACCUCCCUCCGUGUGUGGGGACAGCCACGUGCCUGCCCAGCUCUCACUGCCCACACGCUGCUGCUGCAGUAUCAACGGGGAACAAACUGGAAUGUUUCAAGAUAUUUUUGUUGCAAGUUGAAGCAAAUAAAUCCGUAUUUUCAAAGUCCCCAGUAAAACGAUAGAGUAAUAGUUUAGCACUAGUUUUAUUCACUUACUGAUACUUUCAGUUUGCAACACUAUUUUGUAUGUUUCUAUCCCUGAUAGAGUCUAGAGAGUAAAUGGGCAUAUUAUUUUGCACAGAUCUCCUAAUGUACAGUAUUUUUAACACAGAAUCUUAUAGUGUAUGUAACAACAUGUAAACAGUGACGCAGGUUUUCCUUGAGUUCUGCUAGCAGAGGGAUAGGCUUUAAAAUCCCAUCACAACCCUUUUCUUCGGUCACUUGGAAACAAGGAAACUUGUGGAACAGAACUCAACAGCAUGAACAGUGCAGGCAGAUGAAAUCUCGAGGACCAACAACAAGCAGCUAAGCAAAAUUUAUCCCUAGGUUUUCCAUGUUUCUCAAACUUUGCUCCUCUGGCAGAGGAAAAAGAAAUUCCAGAGCCUGUAGAUAUCUAUUUAUAUUAUAAAAUUAAGAAUUUUAAGUCCAAAAUUUUGGCAUAUUUCGUACAACUUUUCAAACCUGAUCAAAAUGAUGAUUCAAAAAACCUGUUAAUAGACAGACUAUUAGGUUGCUGUGUUAACUGUUUAAAAAGGAGCAAGUGACACUUAAAAUGCAGCUUAGAGUGCUAUGAGAUGUAUAAUAUUCAAUUCAGUUGUUUUUAUUUUGUUUAGUUGCAGAGCAACUGUAUAUAUUGUAUAACCGAAAAUCAACUCUUAUUUUCAAUGUCCUGAAUGCAGUGAUUUAUAAUUAGAGCAUGAUUAAUAAAUUUUACUCUUGUUAACCAGUCAAAUGUCUGGAAAAAUAAAACUACUUUUAAAAUCACUGUGGCUGCUUCUCCUACUGUGUGUCGCUCAGGCAAUAUUCUUCUUUUCCACAUGUAAACCGAGAAAUGUAAACAAGUGGUGGCACUUUGAGUAAACACAAUGUACAUCUGGGG